AUGGACCCUAAUAUGAACAAACUCCUCAAAUGGAGUGUCCAAAACUCUCAGCAAAAAAAUGAAGAUGGCUCUCUGGCUGCCCCUCCAUCCGCCGAGUCGGCUGCCCGCACUUUGACACCGGAAAUGCUGAACGCGCUUAUGGGUGGACCUUCUGAUGCCGAUCUCAUGAAAGCCGCUAUGGAGGUUUUGCACUCCGACGAAUCGGAUCUGGAGAACAAAUUGAUUGCUUUCGACAACUUUGAGCAACUCAUCGAGGGCAUUGACAAUGCGAACAAUUUGGAGCCUUGCGGCCUGUGGACCCCUUUGGUCCAGCUGCUUGAAGACAAGGAGGCGGACAUUCGCCGAUAUGCGGCUUGGUGUAUUGGAACCGCUGUGCAAAAUAACGAAAAGGCUCAGGAUAAGCUCAUUGUCCUCAACGCAAUCCCCAAGCUCGUGACUGUGGCUACUACCGACUCCAACCCAAUUACCCGCAAGAAGGCCGUCUACGCGCUCUCGUCGGCCGUGCGCAACUACCAGCCCUCUAUGAAUGAACUGAUUAAGCACCUCCCCGAAGGUUACUCGCCGGAAACUGUCGACGCUGGUGAUAUGGAUGCAAUCGAUGCGGUCAUGGACAAGCUGCGGUCUCACCCCGUUGACUCUGUGUGA